UUCUGCCUACUUCAUUUUAGGUCCAACGUCCUGCCUGCGCAAGUCCCACAUAUUCUGUUUCCUGUCCAUGACACACAGCUAUCCUGUAGCAACACGGACUCAGACUAGGAGCUGACCAUGAAACUGGAAAGACUUCCUGGCUGGUUGAAGGCUGUGACCUGUGGGCUCCUGCUUCUCUUCCUGCAUGUACAAGGCCAGGACUCAGCCAGCCCCAUCAGGAACACACACACAGGCCAGGUUAGAGGAAGCUUCGUCAAGGUGAAAAACACUGAAGUUGGUGUCCACAGCUUCCUGGGAAUCCCCUUUGCCAAGCCACCUGUGGGACCACUGCGCUUUGCACCCCCUGACGCCCCUGAACCGUGGAGUGGUGUGAGAGAUGGGACCUCCUAUCCAGCCAUGUGUCCACAAAAUGAUGAUAUGAUAAAUUCAGAGGGUCUGAAGAUGAGAAAACACUUCAUGCCUCCCAUCUCUAUGUCCGAGGACUGCCUAUAUCUCAACAUCUACACACCAGUGCAUGCCCGUGAGGGCUCCAAACUGCCUGUGAUGGUGUGGAUCCAUGGUGGCGCUCUGGUUGUAGGAAUGGCCUCCAUGUAUGAUGGAUCCAUACUGGCAGCCAUUGAGGAUGUGGUAGUGGUCACUAUCCAGUACCGUCUGGGUGUCCUGGGAUUCUUCAGCACUGGAGACCAGCACGCCAGAGGCAACUGGGGCUACCUGGACCAAGUGGCCGCCCUACGCUGGGUCCAGCAGAACAUUGCCCACUUUGGAGGCAACCCUGAUCUUGUCACCAUCUUUGGCGAGUCAGCAGGUGGUGCAAGUGUGUCUUCACAUGUUGUGUCCCCCCUGUCCAAAGGACUCUUCCACAGAGCCAUCAUGCAGAGUGGAGUAGCCGUGUUGCCUGGUCUCAUCUCCAGCUCCUCUGAAGUGGUUUAUGGAACUGUGGCCAAUCUAUCUGAUUGUGCAGCUGUGGACACAGAGACGCUAGUGCGCUGCCUACGGGGCAAGACUGAAGCCGAGAUUCUGGCUAUUAACAAGGUGCGGCUGGGAAGAUGGCAGCUUGCAAGGUGUGUUACAGUGACUUUUACUGCCCCUCAGGUCUUCAAGGUCAUCCCUGCAGUGGUGGAUGGAGAGUUCUUCCCCAGGCACCCUGAGGAGCUCUUGGCCUCUGCUGAAUUUCACCCUGUCCCCAGCAUCAUUGGUGUCAACAAUGAUGAGUAUGGCUGGCUUCUCCCUAUGUUCAUGGGCUCUGCUCAGAAAAUGAAGGGAAUAACCAGACAAACCCUGCCUGCUGUUCUGAAGAGCACAACAGCACAGAUGAUGCUGCCUCCUGAGUGUAGCGACCUGAUAAUGGAAGAGUACAUGGGGGACACUAAGGACCCACAGACCCUCCAAAUACAGUACACAGAGAUGAUGGGAGACAUCACAUUUGUGGUCCCUGCACUCCAAGUAGCACAUUUUCAGCGUUCCCACGCUCCUGUCUACUUCUAUGAGUUCCAACAUCGGCCCAGCUUCUUCAAGGAUAUCAAGCCACCCCACGUCAAGGCUGACCAUGGUGAUGAGGUUCCUUUUGUCUUUGGGUCCUUCUUCUGGGGCGUGAAAAUUGACCUCACUGAGGAGGAAGAGCUACUGAACAGGAGGAUGAUGAAGUACUGGGCCAACUUUGCAAGACAUGGGAACCCUAACAGUGAGGAUCUACCCCACUGGCCCAUGAUGGACAAUGAUGAGCCAUACCUGCAGCUGGACCUCCAGCCUGCUGUGGGCCGAGCCCUGAAGGCCAGAAGGCUGAAGUUCUGGACCCAGACUCUGCCUCAGAAGAUCCAGGAGCUAAAGGGAUCUCAGGAGAGGCACAAAGAGUUGUAGUACUCUGUGUGAAGAAAGGCAUUGGGCUUCAUAGACAUGUGGGUUCUGUCCGAGGUUUGGACAGCUUUUUGAUCCUAACAUUCACAUAACCAUUCCUAACAUAUACAGCCGCCCCUUUUACCAAUCCGCAUGACAAGACGUCUGCAUGUCUCUCCUUCACAAAACACUGCUGUUCUUCUGGUUGACCCACUCAAUAAAAGUUCUUGUAACAA